AAAAAAAAAGAACCAAAAAUCUGUGGAGAUUCAAUACAAGACAUGUCCUGCAUAAGUUCUUCCUCUUCUCCUUCAGUCAUAUCAACUCGGUCACCGGACUCAUUCCCGACCCGCCCAGCUCGCCAGUCCAAGUUCACCUCUUUAUCAUGGGUUUCUUCGUUUCCAAGCGUCAACAUCUCCUUUAAUUCAUUCACAAUCCCUCCUGCUCCCACACGCCACAAGGGUUUGUUUGUUCAAGCUGCCUGGACCAGGAGAUCGCGUGGUGAAGCUGCAGAAAGACCCAGCAGAAAAUCUUGGAAGCAGAAGACUGAUAUGUACAUGAGGCCAUUUUUACUAAAUGUUUUCUUCUCAAAGAAAUUUAUUCAUGCAAAAGUGAUGCACCGUGGUACGAGCAAAGUGAUAUCUGUUGCCACAACAAAUGCCAAGGACCUCAGACACUCCUUGCCAUCACUCACUGAUCAUAAUGCAUGCAGAGUUAUAGGAAAACUUAUUGCAGACCGAUCAAAGGAAGCUGAUGUAUAUGCAAUGUCUUAUGAGCCUAGGAAGGGCGAGCAAAUCGAGGGUAAACUUGGUAUUGUUCUUGAUACCAUUAAGGAGAAUGGAAUUAUAUUUGUAUGACCCAAUUACAAACUAUUGUUAGGCUUUUUACAAUCAAUCCGUUGAACAGAAUCAAUGAUGAUUCUGUUC